AAGUUCGUAGUUCAUCGGUAUUGGUUCUCAAACGGGGGCGUAUGGUGUAUUCUUAUUACUGAGAAGGAAACUUUCUUUCAUAUCUAAAGGUGCAUUUCACAAAUCGUGAUUUGUGGUGUAUUUUGUAAAUAUUUUGCGUCUCAAAUUGUUGUUUAAACGAAGACUGGAAAACAACAAAAUGACUGGUUGUUGUGUUCCAAAUUGUAAAAAUCGUUCGGAGCAAGGGUUUCGCCUCUUUCGAAUACCGCGUAAUAAAAGUAACGACGAAAAAACGAACUUGUGGAUAAAAUUUGUGAACCGAGGUGAAUUAUCAUUAAGUGCAUGCAUAUGUGAAGUACAUUUCGAAGAGCAUCAUUUCGAAUCUGCACGAGCAGACAACAGAAAACUUUUAAGAUGGAACGCUGUGCCAACUAUUGGUGCCUGUGAAAAUCUAUCUCCCAAAAUAGAAAUUAUAAAUAAAUCUCACUUGGAAAUUAUAGAUCACUGUACAACAAAUGACGUAGACUCAUUCGUAAAAUUGGAGGAUGAUGUUGGAGAAGCUCCUACUGAAACUGAAGAUUCUGUCAACAAUGUACAGUUGGGGCAAUUAAAAACUAAACUUAAAAAUGCCCACCAUAAAAUUUCUCGUUUGGAAAAUAAAAUUAAGGAAAUGGAAGAGAGAUACAGCUGUAUUUUUAGUGAAGAUCAGUUAAAAUUCGUGAAAUAUGGCAAUCAUAGAGGCGAAGAAUGGUCAGACCGCACAAUUAACAAAGGACUUAAACUCUACAUGACUUGUGGAGCGAAAGGAUAUGAGGAAAUCAGGAGACAAGGUCUCCCAUAUCCGAGUAUAAGAACACUUCAACACAGAAUGCACGCUAUGAAAUAUGAAAUUUUAGAAGAUGAUGAUUAUAAGGUCACAUUGAAGGCUGACGGAAUUCCAGAUAACGAUAUUUAAUCGUAUCAAAUAAGGACAAGAAUGAAAUGUCUGGCAUUAAAGAUGAGUGUUUUAGGGGCACACAAGGUGGUAGGAAAAUCUUCAAGAUGAAACCAAGCAGUUGUAAGGCUCUGUUCUAGCCCAACCGAUUUCAAAGAUAAACGUGCUAUCUUAAGUUCAGAACAUCAAUCCAGAACAGCAAUAAGUUAGUAUAUUUCCAUACUAUAAAGGUACAAAAAGUACUUGGUUUAUUAACAAAUUAAUGGUUUAAUUUUUAUUGCGUUAAUCAUAUUGUAAUUUAAUGUUUGGCAAAAUAUAAUGUAUUAUUUUUUA